AUGCACGACGUUAAACCAUUAUCUGCUACACUUGGGUACAUGUGGUCUCAUUUCACCACGUCGUUCAUAAACCUUAACACCGCCGACUUGUUACUUUCGGGAGAUAGUGGGCAGAACCUUAUUUUGUUAUUGCCAGCGUACCUAUGGGAUCACGAUCGCAUUUUCUGGCAUAAAACUCGCCUCUCAAGGGCUUAUAACGCCCGGAACGAUCCCUUCAUUCGCAUCUUGGAACCCAUCUGCCACAGGGACUGGAUAACAAGAUUCGUUGGCGGAACCUUGUCCGACCUAGUAACUGUCUUGGAUCCAUGGGCAACAGAUACAAGGCAAAUGGACAAUUUCUACUCCUCUCUCGGAAAUCUUGGAUACCACUACACCAACGAUUUCAGAGCCCUGCAGUCUAUGAAACGAAAGCUGGGCUACGGAGAGGCGUUCGCUAGGUUCCCGUCGCAAGAAGCGGCCGACGCCGUCCUAAUACGCCCUGCUCUUCUAGACGCUACCUUCCAGUCCAUCUUCCUUGCAUAUUUGUGGCCAGGUCAUGGCAGCCUGGGUCAGCUACAUGUCCCAACGAAAAUAUCUAGCACCCGAGUCAACGCACAACGCUGCCAACUUGAUCUGGUCCUUGGCAAUGAAACUCCGCUCGAGUCUCACCUCACACAGAACCCGCUGAUCACUGGUGGUAUAGAGAGAGAUGUCAUCAGAGAAAUUCCUGAAGAAAAGCGCGAUAGUCUAUCUUGGCAUCACAAAGCUAUGUUUGACUGCUGCAGUCAUGUCAUCCAUCAGAGUCGGAUUGGAAGACAACGAUCUACUGUGAGAGAGUGGCUCAAUAAUACCUGGAAAGAUGUCUCACAAAUGAUGGACAGAUCAGGCUACCUCGUACAGUGGGCGAGCAUCACUGCCGCGGUGGGAGGCGAAACAGAAAUCCUCCAGUACAUGCUAGGUGAUGACUUGCUGAACCUGUACUACGUUGAAGCAACGGGUCUGAAAGAUGCUACCAGCUUUCUAUCUAGAGUGAUAGCUCAGGGUGUCCACCGUUAUCCUCACAUGGACAUUCUGGAGAUUGUUGCGGGUACUGGAGGAGCCAAAAAGACCAUCAUGCGAGAUAUCGGGCGGUCUUUCGCUUUCUACACCUUCACUGAUAUUUCAAAGAUGCUGAACCCCCCUCCCAAGAAUGAGCCAUAUUUGAGCAGAGGGUCUCGUAUGGCCUUCAUGCGCUCAUCGAUUGCCUGUGUGACGAGUACGAAAAACGGUCGGGCGAGCAUGUCAACUUCGGGAGUUGAGGUGUCAAUGCCGGAGAAGCCUGUUUCCAUCAUGAUGCUGUGCCAGGUCAGUGGAUCAUUGGAGGACUUUCCCUCGUCUGCCGUCUCUGCCACGGCACUCAUCCUCUGUGUUAAGAAGGGCAUAUAUGUAUUUUUCACUGAGUCCGCCGCCGUCUCUACCACCGCCGCUCUGCCGCAGCUUAAGAUGAGCGUAGCUUCGAUUGCCUGUGUGACGAGUACGAAAAACGGUCGGGCGAGCAUGUCAACUUCGGGAGUUGAGGUGUCAAUGCCGGAGAAGCCUGUUUCCAUCAUGAUGCUGUGCCAGGUCAGUGGAUCAUUGGAGGACUUUCCCUCGUCUGCCGUCUCUGCCACGGCACUCAUCCUCUGUGUUAAGAAGGGCAUAUAUGUAUUUUUCACUGAGUCCGCCGCCGUCUCUACCACCGCCGCUCUGCCGCAGCUUAAGAUGAGCGAAGCUUCACCGAAAAUGCUCAUCAAUCCGAGGGACGUGGUAGCGAUGGAUGGUUCUUACGAAGCCAGCACCAUUGUCGACUGGGAGGCCACUGCCACGGUACCUGAACAUAUGCUUUUUUCGAAUUGGCAAGUGAUCUGGCAACUUCAUUAUGCGACUGGAUGUCUUCUCGGGGCGCUUGAACCAUUGUUCUCACCAGUCGGAACCCGAACAUCGACGAGAGGUGGCUUCAAGAAAUUACGAGGUUGGAGUACACGUGAAACGAUAUCACGGAUGAAAGUGCUGUUGAGAAGCUCGUCACAACGACCCGUCAAGAUCUUCCCCCGAUUGGCGGCAUUGGGAACGGCGGAAAAGGGGCUUCAAGAUGUGGAGAUGUCAUUCGAGACCAUGGAAAAAGUCUCGAGACCAAAGAUACUCGGAAUGGUCUACCUUGACCGGCUAUCUCCAGAUAAUACUUUGUACUUCUUUCUCAUGUUCUCGUCCCUAGCAGCUGCAGCAGGUAACCGUGGUCAGUCAAACUACUGCGCCGCAAACAUGUUCAUGGUAGAAACCGCCAUGGAACGCCGCCAUCAAGGUCUAGCAGCCUCGGUCCUACAUCUCGGCGCCGUCCUGGGCGUCGGAUUUGUUAUGCGAGAGCUGGAUGAGACCGUUCUUCCCACUAUUUACCGUGCAGGAUCCAUGUGGAUGGAGGAGACCGGAUUCGAUCAGUGCAUUGCUGAGGCAAUUCUUGCUGGAAGACCACGAGCCGGACCGAUCCGGAAAUCAUCACAGGCUUGCGCAUGGUUAAUGCCAAUGAUGCAAAACCAGUACCCUUGA